AUGGACUCAGGAAUUACAGAUAAUAUUCGACGUCGGAAACGAAGAGAACUUACAGCAGGACAAAAACAAGAAAUUGUUGAAGCAUUUGACCUUUUUGAUACAGAUAAAGAUCAACAGAUCAGUUAUUACGAAUUCAAGGUUGCACUUCGAGCACUUGGAUUUGAGUUAAAAAAACAAGAGGUUCUAAAAACUUUGGAGGACUACAACAUCAAAGAAGAUUCUGGAAAACUACGAUUUGAAGAUUUCAAUGAAAUAGUGACAGAUAUGAUUUUAGACAGGGAUCCUGUCACGGAAAUGGUACGAGCCUUCAAGCUGUUCGAUGAAGAUGAUUCUGGAAAAAUUACUUAUCGUAACCUAAAAAAGAUCUCCAAAGAACUUGGUGAAAAUUUAUCAGAUCAGGAACUUCGUGCUAUGAUAGAGGAAUUUGAUCAAGACGGAGAUGGUGCGCUUAAUCUGGAAGAAUUUAUGGCGUUAAUGACAAAGGAAAUAUAAUUCACCAAAUUGUUUAUUGAAUCAAACCAACAACUGUGUACUUAAUUAUCCCAGUUAAAUACAUAUCAUCAUUCUUCUGAACUCAGUUUGAUAUGACCAGUAUAGUUUGAAUCUGCCUUCCUUUUGAAUUUGAUGCUGCUUUUUGUGUUUGUGAAUGAUCAGCUCCCGAUAUGGGUGGUGAUUAUUGUUGAUGGCAGUUGAUCUACACUAAAAAAGUACUUCAUCUUAUUUAUUUCCUCUUAUCGGACAUCAUCAUCUAUGUAUAUUAUCAUUCUGGUCAAUUCUUUAAAAUAUUUCACAAAU